AAAAUAAUGAUUUUCGUAAUAAAAGAUAUGUUUGGCCUGCUGUAUUGUUUUUAAACGAUAGCAAACUAUAAAUUAGUAAUUCUUUUUAUGUUGUAUGUGACAGUAAAGUCGGGUAAAAUAACAAAUUAACUGUUCUAGCACUGCUACAGCUCCUCCACGUGUUUAAAUAGGGCUCUGGUUAAUAUACCUUCAAUUUCCCAUCUUUGUAUCCUAACCUUGAUGUCUAUCAAGAAAUAUUUUCAUUGUUAACCAAAUGGCAAACACAUCUUCAAUGUUGUCGAUAGAUCAAUACCAUGACAUUUGCCCUAAAGAUAUCACUAACAAUUGUACAAAUAUAACUGUCCCUAAUAAUGGAAAUAGUAAUGAUUCAAGAACAUUGGAGGAUUUACAAUGUUUUGUUUGCGAUGCAAAAAUUCAGGGACGUCGUUAUGCAUUGGCUACAUGUAGAACGCAAACAUCAAGAUCUAGAGUAAUAGAAAAGCUUGGUGAAUUAGUUGGCGAUAGAUAUAUGGUAGUAAUAUCAGAAGAUGAUAUAAUUUGUCGAAGUUGUGCCAACCUUAUUAACACGCUUGAUAGACUAGAAGUUGAAGCAUAUAGCUUGCGUGAUAAUGUCCUGCGGUUCUUGGAACUCAAGUAUUCCUUAGAAAAAGGAGAACUUCUUGGCAAUAAUGAAAAGCAAAAACGUUCACAGCCACCACAAAUCACAAAAUGUACUAAUCAAACCAUAACUAGCUGUCAGGGUAAAGAAAGGGAUGUUAUUUUAUCGUCCCAUGUUACUGAAAAAUCCAAACAUAAAAAAAAUGUUUGGUUGCAAUGUGAUAAGUGUCAAUACACUACACCUCGUAACUCAUUUAUGGUACAUCAUGUUAGAGACCACAGUAAACAGAAAAUAUUCUGCGACAAGUGUGGUAUCCAGUUUCUUGGGAGUCAGCAAGAAUCCCAUAAUUGUAAUUUGACUGACCAUCUAGAUAAUCAAGAUAGAGUUCAAGAUGAGCAAGCAGACACAUCUAUGAAAGAUGUUAGUCAAACUAUAAUGAAUAUUCCAAUUUUGGAAAAACCAAUGGAACAAAAUGUACCAAUUAUGACUAUUGAAACAUAUACAGAAUCACACAUUCCAAACCAUAAUGAAACUAUACCUAUAAUAAGAUUAUCGAAUUCAGAUAACUUGCCUAUGCAGAAUAUUUUAACUUCUGACAAUCCUUCUGCGACUAAUCAGCCAAUAUAUAUACGCGUUUUACAACCUAUAGAAAUCAAUGAAACCCCAGUACAUUCCGCAAUGAUGGCUGUAUCAAAUUCUGAUGCAGAUCUAGCGAUAAAACUUAAAGACAGCUCAGGAAAACAAAUUUUAACAUUGACAGAAGAUGGAAAUUUGGAAAUGACAGAUGUUACCUGCUGGAAUGACUUAUAAACG